AAAAAAAACGCACGCAGCCGAGAAUCCAAUGGGUCAGUCUCAGCGAGUGGAUUGUGUCUGCAGCUAGUGUUUACGGACUGAGUGACCUCCCGCUGCGGUACACACCUGACAGAGCUCAGUUACUUAGAGAGUUCAGAUUUUCUCCAACAACAGAACCAAAAAGAUUCGCAAAGACGCGCAAUAAUGGCAGCAGAGUUUAGCGCAAAGACUUAUCCGCAUCAUUCCGCGUUGCAUCCGACGGUUGACCUCCCUAGAAAGAUGCAAAGAAGAUACAGAGUGUAUUUCGUUUUCGUAGCAGUGCUGCUUGGAGCGGUUGGGACUCUGGCCAAUAAGGACACAUGUCCGUCAAAGCAGUUUACAACCAAUGGAGAAUGCUGCCAGCAGUGUGCGCCCGGCGACGGUGUCAUCGUACCAUGUGGGGCCAAACAGACUGUCUGUGCUCCAUGUCUUGAUAGUGAAACCUUCUCAGAAAGUUUCAGUCACACAGAGAUAUGCCAACCCUGCACGCAAUGUACAGAUCUAUUCCGCAUGGAAACUCCCUGCACUGACUCCACUGACGCCAUUUGUGUGUGCAACUACGGUUACUACCUGGAUAGAACCACACAGAAGUGUCAACCCUGCACUAAAUGUCCUGAAGGCCAGGGAAUGUUGUACCGCUGUGAGGAUGACCGUGACACAGGGUGUGAGAAUUGCACUGGGGACACAUACUCGGACCAGGAAAGCUCUUGGAAUCCCUGUAUUCCCUGCAGUACUUGCGAUGAUGAGAUGGAAUUAAAGGCCUGCACCCCCUUCAGUGACACAAUUUGUCAAGGUCCGGAUAUCACAGAGACUUCCACUUUUGAGCCCUCCGCGGCCACUUACGAAGACUACACGUUUCAAGAUUUCCCACCAGAGAUCCCUGCGGACAGCAGCACCAGCAUCACCACCACCACCACCACUAAUGGUAAUUCCCAGCAGCGGAUCUACCAGGGUCUGAAUGAUAAACUCAUCCCCAUCUACUGCUCCAUCCUGGCAGCUGGGGUUGUCGGCCUUGUGGCCUUCAUCAUCUUCAAGAGGUGA